AUGGCGGAAGCCAUUGUCUCGAGGGUGGCUGACAUUCUGGACGAUUUCGCAAGGGAUGGGAAGUUAGGCGUGCUUUCCGUGCUCGUGAAAAUCGUUCCCGACCUCCGAAAGGUCGUCCCCGAUGCGGAAAAGCGGAGCCUCGAAAGCCAGGACUUGCUCGAAGAGUGGAACCUUGAAGUUACGCGACCACGAGAAUCGCCGAGCGAAGAUAAGAAGUCGAAGCAGGUGAGUCCCUUCUGGUCAUCUUCACCCCGUCCUGCUGUACGGCUAGAGGAUAUCAGGAGGAGAAUGGAAAACAUCGCGUCUAGAGGGAGGGCUUUGGGCUUGGAGGGGUACCCGAAGGAUGUGCGAGGAAAGAGUGGAUCGAGGAAGAUAUUGCGGUCGGGCGCUUUUGUUGUAGAGAGAGAUGGUGCUAAAAGAAUCGCUGCAAAAGGCGCUAUUAAUGUUGACCCGCGAGAGCGCGCGAAGGAUGUGCAGGAUGAGAGAGGACCGAGGAACGGGGAGCGGUCGGACUCCUUUGUGCACGAGGAGGAGAUUAUAGGGAGAGAGGAUGCUAAAAGCGUAAUUAUGGAGUUCUUGUUAGACUCUGCAGCUGAAGAAAGAAUUCCCAUUCUUGCAGUAUGGGGUACGGAUGGUAUUGGAAAGACUUCUCUUGCUCGGUGUCUAUACAAAGAUGAGAUGGUCAGCCAGCAUUUUGAUUUGAGGAUAUGGGUCUGUGUGGGUGGCAUCUCUAAUCUCAAAAUCGUGUUGCAAAAAAUCAUACAGAGUGCAACAACAGAGAGAGCAUAUGGCAUUGAGUUGGAGGGAUUGCAAAAUCAACUUGAGAAACACAUUCGUGGGAAAAAAUUUCUCCUAGUUCUUGAUGAUGUAUGGUUACAGUUUCAUGAACAAUGGGCGAGCUUGAAAAGUUUAUUGAUGGGAGGUGCUGAAGGAAGCAAGGUUCUGAUGACUACAUGCUUGAGGUCAAUUGCAGAUUUCAUGAGCCCAACCAAAUCUUAUUCUCUUGAGGCCCUUCCAGAAUGCUUGUCUCUAGACUUAUUGAUGAGAAUGGCUUAUAAGGAUGAAGAAAAGACUAGAGAUCCAGAGAAGUUACUUAUUGGGAGGCAGAUAGUCAAAGAAUGUCAUGGAAUUCCUUUGCUUGUACGAACAAUUGGAAGUUCACUGUUCUUCAAGAAAACAGAAGGAUUUAUCCGGCCCAUAGACAACGUAGAUCAGGAUAUGGAAGACAUUGCUCAUGACUAUUUCAUGGAUCUAGUUAGGAGGAAUUUCUUUCAAGACUGCACUCAAGAUGAACUUGGCAAUGUGACGUCUUGUAAGAUGCAUGAUUUUUUAAAUAAGCUAGCAUGUGCAGUUGCUCGAACCGAGUGUUCCCGCUACAUUGGUUCAGGAUGGUCGUUAAUUGAUGAAAGAACUCAUCAUGUAUCAGUGGAUUCAACUUUAGAUCUAUCACAGGGACCUCCAGCUACUGGAGAAAUAGAAGAUGCGGUAGCAGAAUCAAAUGCUGUGAACUUGAAGGAGAAGGGUUCCUUAGUUUUGCCAGUAUUAGUGUUUGCCGGAAAAGAAAGUGAUGAAAUUCUACUCAGAGCUGCAGCCAAGCUUGAAUCUUCGAAGCUUAGAAAUAAGAGGCUAAAGGGUGCGCAAGGAUGCCAAAGUCUCCCACCACUUGGUGAGCUUACUAGCCCCAAGCGUCUGGAUAUUGGUGCGCUACCUAUGGUGGAGUGCACAGAGAGUGAUCUUCAUAUCCUCCCAUCACUUCCUAGUCUCUCUGCACUGAGGAUAUGGAAGUGUCCUAAUUUGGAACGGAUUCCACUGCUUCUACAUCUCAAGGAGUUGAAACUUCCCAGUUUCCCUUUGGAGUCGUUGCAGACCUUAGUUGCCACUAUUGAACAUAUAAUUGGUAUUGGUGAUUGA